AGCAGAGUGGGGAAAAUCUAGCGCCCUUCCUCGUGGGAAGAAACCAUUUGCUGGCACCAUGGACCCCAGGGGGCCAGCCCUCAAGCCUUUCCAGCAGCCUGAGAAACCUGGUCGUGUCCGCCGUCGGAAGACCAGGCGGGAGCGUAACGAGGCCCUGGUGGGCAGUCGCUGGUCAUUGGCCCAUCAGGAUCCUGCCGUGGCCAGUCGGGAUCCACAUGUGGUUCUCCGGAAUUCUGUGGUGCCUGCUGCCCCCAAGCUCGUGGUCAUAACCCAGGGGCGCCUGAGCCGGGAGCAUCGGGGUCUCUUCGGCCACGAGGUGAAAUCUCUGGACGUGGCACGGCUGCUUAGCAGUGGGUCCCUAGAGUCAGGCACCCCUGCACUCCCCACCAAGUCCUCCCCAAGCCCAGGCAGGGCCCAAGAACCAGCCCCACCGUCAAGGGGCAAGGAAAAUCAAGUGCCUGGAGCCUCGGGCCCAGGCCCACCCAGUCCCCCCCAGCUCCCUGGCUUGGGGCAGCUGCUGGGGGAGCUGCAAUGCCAGCUGAUUCUGCCACAGGCCUUCCCCAGGAGGAACCUAGUACAAGAGGCCAGGGAUGCCAUCGUGGGCACCUUACAGGCCUGCCAUGGCUGUGUGCCUGACCUUAGUCUGGUGCUCCGGGGCUGCCAGCCACACUUGCCAGGGACCAAGCCUAGGGGCCCUGAGAGACAAAGGAUGACAUCCUCCUGGAUCAACAGCCCUGAGGAGGCUCCAGGGGAGGGGAGGCAGAGGAGGCGAGAGGGGACAAAGGAGCUCACCUUCGCCGUGCCUCACACCUCCAGCACUCCUACUGUGUACCCGGUGAACCUGGCACCACCUAAAGGUCCCUGGCCACCCCCAUUGUCCUCGUUGCCUUCGCCAUCUGGGGCGGCCUGCGGCCCCCCAACAGCCUUUGAUCUGCUGAAAAGCAUCUGGCUGGUAGACACACCUCCCCCUCCCCGGCCCUGGGGGAUAGGCCCGCCACAACCCCUGCCUCAGCCACCAUCACCCUUGUUGUCCCGAACCUCUGCCCUGGACUGGAGCCCCAGCCCCCCUGCCCCACUGCCCAGCCUCUCCUGGGUGGUGGCCCGGAGCAGCCCAGAGGCCUGGUGCUUUCCACCCAUGAGACUGUACUGA